AUGGCUACGGCAUUGAAAAUUGUUGCGGUGAUAUUGCCACUUAUUUGUGGCGUGAGCUAUACAAAAGCUGCAAGUGAAUGGUCCUACAAAGAUGUCAUGACAUGGGGGAACAAGUUUCCUAAAUGCAAUGGUCAACAACAAUCACCAAUACAUCUUCAAACUUCAAAGUCAUAUUUCCCCUCAUUGCCACCCAUUACAUUCCACAACUACAAUGUUCCGCUGGCGGGAAAUUUGGUCAUGAAAAAUAAUGGUCAUUCAAUUGAAAUGGAAAUUCCGCCAACAACAAAUGGGGCCAGACCCAGUAUUAGCGGUGGAAAGUUGCCGGGUGUAUUUGAAGCCAUGGGUUGUCAUUUCCAUUGGGGUAGUAGGACAAGCAAGGGCGCUGAACAUGUUAUCAAUGGACAACGUUACGAUGCUGAGUUGCAUAUUGUCCACAAAAAUGUGAAAUAUCCAACAAUUGCCCAGGCAGCAGCAUAUCCCGAUGGGUUGGCUGUAUUGGGUAUUAUGUUGAAUAUUGCAAGGCGUGUCUAUCGCGUCUAUCCCGGCCUUAAUGAUAUGAUGAACCGAGUACCCAAUGUCGCCAGAUACCAAUCAACCACUCCUGUGGGCACACAAAUGACUUUGUCAAUGCUAUUGGGUGAUAUCAACACAAAUCAAUAUUAUACCUAUGAGGGUUCUCUGACCACACCCGAUUGUUCGGAGGCUGUAACAUGGACUGUAUUCCCUCAACCUUUGUACGUUCCCGCUGAACAAAUGCAGAAAUUCUGGUCAACUCGUGACAACACAGGAGCUCCGUUGAUUAACAAUUACAGACCCGUACAGUCCAACAAUAAUCGUUUGGUAUUUUAUCGCGAUCACUUCAGCUAUAACGAACCAGAGAAAUGGCAAGUGGAUUUCCCACAAUGCGGUGGCUUUAAGCAAUCACCCAUUAUUAUAUCGACACCAAAGUCUAUUGACAUUUUAAUAUUCCCAUUGGAGUUUGGUUUAUACGAUACACCGCUAUCGAAGCCUAUAAGCUUACACAAUAAUGGACAUACAGUUGAAUUUAAGAUCCCCGAAACAAUGUCGGGUGAUAAACCCUAUAUUAGUGGUGGCUUACUCGACGACACCUACGAAGUCGAGCAGGUACAUUUCCAUUGGGGUUCACCGACUCGCAAAGGCUCCGAACAUAUUAUCAAUGGUCAUCGUUAUGAUAUUGAAAUGCACAUACUACAUCGGAAUACCAAAUAUCCAAGUGUGGAAUUAGCACGGCUAUUCGAGGAUGGUUUGGCUGUUGUAGCGGUGCUAUUUAAAGUUGUUAAGUCGGAAAAUGUUUUCUAUCCGGGUUUAAAUCUGAUUUACAAUAAUCUGCAAAAUGUCCAAUCAUUUAACUCGACCAGUGAUACAAUGCAUUUAAUUACCCUUGGAUCGCUGUUGGGUAAUAUUAAUCGUGAAGAUUUUUAUACAUAUCAGGGGUCAUUAACCACACCACCCUGUUCCGAGGCCGUAACAUGGAUAGUAUUCUCCGAUGUUCUGCCAAUUUCCUUCAAAGAGUGUUAUUGUGAUGCUCCACAGAGUGGGUGUGGUGUUGUUAAAGUGGGUGGUGUGGAGUUGGAUCUCUGGAUCUGGUUGACAUAA